CUUGUAUUCCCUUCCAUUCUUUAUCAAUUUUCUCUCCUAAUUUCUUGCCUCAACCAUCAUCCAUACCUAAAUUUUCUGCUUCUACAGUUCUACCCAUCAAAUAUGGCUGGCCCUGUUUUCGGAUUCCAUCCUCACAGUUUUUGCAACCCUUCUGAUCACUGUGUUGUUCCUCUCGGAACACAAAAGGCGGUGCGACCCGGAAGAGGACCCCUCGUUUAUCGCUUCAAAGUACCGCCGACUUUCAACAUCGCCAACGUUCAAGCACCGGUGAAAACUCAUGCACCCAGCACCACAGACGUGAAGGGAAAGGAUGUCGAUGCAAUUGCAAGCGGCAGUAGUUCCAUGGGUGCGCACUCUGUUAGAAACACCGACAUUACUCCUAUCCUUUCGGCCCAAAAGCCGAAUAUCGCGGAGGAGGUAGCUGUCCCCGUCAUGCCGGUUGAAAGAAAACGGCGCCACAUCAUCCGCUUGAAGUUAGCCUCACCCAAGAACACCACUGCUGAAGCAGCGGUGAAAAAGGAUCAAGAACCGGCCGAAACGCUCCAGAGCACCGGAAGUGUGACAGUCGGAAAGGUUGGGUCGACUGCAGUGAACAAUAAAGCAACCAGUAGCAGCUCUCCAAACGGAAAAGUUGUUCAUCAAGACAGAAGGACUGGAGAGCCGAUGAAGAGUACUCCUAACGGACUCAAGAAUAAAGCAUCGGUGCCAGAGGGCAAGUAUGAAGACAAGUUUGAGGCUUCAAAGAGAAAACUUGUAGAACAAUACAAAGGAAUUCAAGACAGCAGGAAGAAGAUCAGGGUGAUCGAACUCAAAGAUCUUCCCAAGCAAGGCACUCGCUCUGGUGCUCCUGCGCCGCUGACUAAAAAACGGAUGAUGAAGACCAAAUAUGGUGGACGAUAUUAAAGCGAAGGGACAGUAGGGACCUUCAUGGAAUGAAUUCAUUAUUUUUUGAUUUGUUAUAAAGUGUACAAAAUUAUAGAUAUAUUGCAUAUGCAUUAUAUAUUACGAUUUGAACUACUUUUUCAGUACUGAUAUAAUGUUAGGAACGCAAUGUAAUUAAAGAGCAUGUCCUCAUAUAAUGAAUGAAAUACAAUGAGAAUACCUGUUUUUAUGGACUUCAUGUUUUUCUCUAGUUUUCUCUAUUCCUGUUCAUCUCUCCUUGAUUUCUUCUCUUGUUUCUUGCUUCUGAGCUCCAACAGUUCAAGAUAAACCGAGACAGUCAAGUCUUGGAUUCAAUCUAUAUAUUUUGCUAUGCAGGUGAGGUAUUCUUCUUCUGGUGGAAUGUAUGUAACAGCAUAUAAAGAUGAUGCUAUUUGGGUUUGAGAUGGAGUUAGUUCCAGUUGUGUGCCCUCAGUAGAGGGUGCACAUGGAACGGAACAGGCCGCAAGUGCAAGUCUUAGGAAGGAUCAAAGCUGUGGUUGAGUAGGUAUGGAACUGGUUGAACAACGUCUUAUGGUAAUCAAAUGACAUAAUGAGAUUUUUUUAGGGAUUUGUGGAUGAAAAAACUGAUGUAUUACAGAUUUACAAUAUAUGCUCUAGAUGUUGGAUAAAUUAGAAUUAGGUUGAGUUUGUUGACUGGUGGUGCUGUUGUGUUUACUAAACAUUUGGCAGUUCCAUUACUGUUUGGCCUUCUUAUCAAGUAGUAACUAGUCUUUCCUUCUUUACUCUAUGAGAUCCAAGUUACAGUCUAUAUCUUUUGUUUAUCAUAUAAAACCAAACAGAAAAUCAAAUACCAUUUAUGAAAUGAAGUUACCAUUUUUUG